AUGCAUGCUGGGUUUCGGUCAAUGCAUGUGAAACAAAUGCAAUUGGGCGCCAAAUGGGAGCCCUCUGAUCCCUACCUCGCCCUCCCGCUGCCUGAAGACGAGAUUCCCGACCUUGACAAAUUGCCCUCCAAACAACCACCUUCACCCCCACCUACCACACCUGCUCAUACCAUGUCAGGACAUCACUGCAUCACUCUCGCUGCGCCCCCCCCCUAUUUCGAUGGGGACAAGUCCAAAUAUCUGGGUUUCGUGGACUUGCGCACCACCUACAUUGGUGCUUAUCAAUUGGAAUUCUCAGAGGAUACAACAAAAAUCCUCUUUGUCCUCUCCUACCUUGGUAACAAGGCCGGCACAAGCUGCACCACUUCAAGAUGGGCGAUGAACUGGAAACAGCACAACUUUGAGGGCCUUAAGGGAAUUAAGGCAGGGGUCACCUCGACGACCUUCUUAGAGGAGCUUCAGAGGGCCUUUGGGGACUCAAAUGCAGAGCAAGUCGCCGCCGCUUGA